AUGUUCGAUGUUACUUCAUCCACAUCAACUUCUUUAAAUAAAUCAACAACAGAUACAUUAAAUCGUUCAAUAUCUCAAACACCUAUGAAUGAAAGACGACGAAAUUAUCGAUUUUAUGCAGGAGAUCCUGCAAUUCAUCCAGCAGAAAAACGAUUGUAUGCAAAUGGAGAUUUUGAAGGAACACCACUUCAUGUUUCCGGAUGUGGAGAUCCACGUGAUGUAACACGAUUUGAUCGUUCAUAUUAUGAUUUACCUGUACCAAAAUUUAAACUUGAUCGUUGUUGGGUUGGUACAAUUCCAGCUAAAGAAGUAACAUUUCGAAAUUUAAAUGAUAAUAUAACAAAAACAUUUUUAACUGAUAUGUGUAAACGUUUUGGUGAAAUUGAUGAUUGUAGAAUAUAUUAUGAUCGACAAACAAAAAAACAUCUUGGAUUAGGAACAGUAAUUUUUAAAACAACAAAAGCUGCACGUGAAUGUGUUAAUGCAUUAAAUAUGACAACUAAAAUGGGUAGUAUUAUAUCUGUAUCAUUAGAAACGUCUGGUCAAGAACGUACAAAACAAUAUGCAACUAUGAUACGUGCACAAGAACAAGAAAAAGCUGCACAAGAAAAAGCAUUAGCUGCAUCAGCCGCUGCUUCUCCACCACCAUCAAUUGAUUUAAAUCUUAAUAACAAUAAUAAUAAUAAUAAUAAACAAACAGAAAAAUCUCAUAUAUCUAUGCAAUUACCAUCUGUGAAUCAUAAAAUAACAAAUCAUGUAUCACAAUCAUCAUCUAAUUCAUAUUCAACACAAAAUCAUUAUCGAACAACAAAAUCUUCAUCAUUCAAACGAAAUAAUCAACGAAUAAAUGGAAAUCAUGUUAAAUCUUAUCAACGUAAAAAUUCAUCAACAUCAGCUCGAUAUGAUUCACGUAAUCAUCAUUCCGUUAAUGAUAGUUCUGAACAAUUUUCAUUUGAUCCAUAUGGUUCAUUUGGUAAUAAUAGUAAUAAUUAUAAAUCAUCAUCAUCAUCUCAUCGAUCUCGCCAUCGAUCACAUCAUCGUCGUCCAUAUUCUCAACAACGUCGACGACGACGAAAAACAAGUAGUAGUACAACAUCAUCAUCAACAUCUCGUUCAUCAUCAUCAUCAACAUCAUCAAGUUCAAGUUCAACAUCAAGAUCAUAUUCACGAUCAUCAUCAACAACAUCAAGAUCAAGUUAUUCAUCAAGUAAUAGUCCAAAUCGAAAAUUAUCAAAUGAUUCUCGAAUAAUAAAUUCCAAACAACAAAAUAAUGAUGAUGAAGAUCAACGUCCAAGUUUAGAUGAACGUAUUGCAGCUUUAUUUCAACAACAACAACAACAUCAACAAACAAAUAUUCCAACAUCUAUACCAACAAAACCUCAUCAUCGUCCAUUACCAUUACCAAAUGCUCAACUUCAAACACUUUUUUCUUAUCCACCACCACCAUUACCAGCACCAUUAACAAAUGUUGUUGGUAGUCAUCAUCAUCAUCAACAAUCCUAUGGUGUUGUUAAUAAUUUUAAUUUUUUUGGUAAUUCAUUUCCACCAGCAUCAUUUUUAAAUUCAACUGGUGGAACAAAUUGGCAAGAUAUGUUUAAACAACCACCACCAUCAUCAUCAUCAACAACAACCACAACAACAACAACAACAACAACAAUAAAUAAUCAAUCAUAUAAUACAUCAAAUGGUCUUCAACCACAUCCAAAUGAUAAUAUUGAUGAACGUGAAAGAAAAACAAAUGAUUUAACAACAGCUGUAUCAAAUAUUGUAACAGGAGAAUUAGUUGAAAUACUUCGAAAAGAUUUAGCUAAAAAACUUAUUGAAACAUUAGUUUAUAAAUCAAUUGAAACAUGGUAUGAUAAUGAAGAAAGAAAAGAUAAAAUAAGAAAAAUUAAAUCAGCUGAAAAUUCUAUUAAUGAACAAACAACAACUUCAAAUAAUGAACAGUCAAAUUUAUUACAUCAUUCAAUAUCAAAUUCAUCAUUAGAACGAACACCAGAUGAAACACCUAUUCCUAUAACAGUACCAUCACAUAAUACUUCUUCAUCAUCAACAAAUCUAUCAGCAUAUUUUGAACAUAUGAAAGAUAGUACAGGUUCAUCUAUGCGAUCACAAAUGCCAAAAAUACCUUCAUUUAAAAAACGAACCAUUCCAAAUGAAAAACCAACUCUUCCACAAAAACCAACAACACCAAUUAGAAAGAAAGAACCACAACACCAACCACGAAAAAUAUCUCAAAAACGUUUAAGUUCUAGUAGUAGUGAGUCAAAUAUAACACCUGAAAAUGAUGAUAGUCAAAGUCGAGAUUCUGUUUCGAUACAUCAUGAAGAUAUAUCAUUAUCAGAUACGAAAACAAAUAAUAAAACAUCUAUUGAUCAACCAACUCCUGCCGAAGAAGAAGAAGGAGAAAUUAAAGAUGAUGACAAUGAAGAAGAACAAAAUCAUUCAAAUCAAAUGGACACUGAACCACAACCACGAACGCCGACACCUCCAACACCAACAUCACCGAUAAAGAAAAUUCCGAAUAAAAACAUCCUCAAACAAAAUAAAAAACCUGGACCAACAAAAAAACGAAAGAUGGAACAGAUUAAAAAUGAACCAAUACAAGAACAAGAUGAUAUUGAUACCAGUACAUUAGCAAAACGAAAGAAAAUUGCAACAAAUCUUAAUCAAGUGACAAAUAAUAAUAAUUCAGAUACACAAACAAUUCAAACAUUUAAUUUAUUAGAUAGUUUUUCAGAACAAGUAUCAUCACCUUCUAAAUCUUAUAAUCCAUUUGCUUAUAUUGAAUUUGAACAUAAUUAUGCCAUUCUGACUAAACAACCUGUACCAGUAGCUAAACGAUUAACUAUCGAUGGUUUACAUGAUAUGGGUAUUCAAGUUCCAAUAAUAAUUUCUCCAACACCAAAAUUUCUACCACGUGCACAUGAUGAUGAAAUGCGAAUUAUGUAUGAACUUGAUCAAGGUGUUGAUGAAGAAGAUAUGUCCUAUCUUAAACAAAGUUUUCAAAGACUAUGUGAAGAAGGACAUUCAUGUACUACAAAAACACGUUGGGUUGAUCAUCCACCAAGUCGAGAUUCACCAUUUAUUAAACAACCACCACAAAAACAUCGAACAGGAUGUGCAAGAACAGAAGGUUAUUAUAAAAUAAUAAAAGAUGAAAAAAUUCCUCAUGUAAAAACUUCUGAUGAUUCUCAAAGUUCAUCUAUGCUUCCACAAGCUAUACUUGAUACAAAUCGUACAACUGGUGCCCAAAUGUCACGUGAACUUCGUAGUGAACAUCGAAGAAAUUUAUUAGCAUUAGGUGAUGCUGAAUUUGCUGAUCAUUUUAAAUUUAGUCAACUUAAAUUAAGAAAGAAACGUCUUCGUUAUGCUAAAUCAAAUAUACAUUCAUGGGGUUUAUUUGCUUGUGAACCAAUUGCAAUGGAAGAUAUGGUUAUUGAAUAUGUUGGUGAAACAAUUCGACAAAGUAUUGGUGAUUUACGUGAAAAACAAUAUGAAUUAGAAGGAAUUAAUUCAAAUUAUAUGUUUCGUGUUGAUUCUGAUACAAUUGUUGAUGCAACUAAAUGUGGAAAUCUUGCACGAUUUAUUAAUCAUAGUUGUGAUCCAAAUUGUUAUGCAAAAAUAAUUCCUGUUGAAUCACAAAAGAAAAUAGUUAUCUAUUCAAAACGUGAUAUACGUCUUGGAGAAGAAAUAACAUAUGAUUAUAAAUUUCCACUUGAAGAACAAAAAAUUCCAUGUUGUUGUGGUGCACCAACGUGUCGUGGUUCACUUAAUUAA